AUGGUGCCAUCCUACGCCUGUGACUGUAAUCUUUCUAUCCUGUUUAGAGAUUCGGCUUUAAAAUGGAACGGAUGGGGUUUUACCGAUUCGUCUUUCCAGAUAAAUAACAAAGGCCAAGUUACCUUUACGGGACAAAGAUACAACAUGUCUGGCGAAGUGAUGCCGUUCUUCCGUCCGUGGUUUGAAAAGAACUUAGGCGUGGAUCUUGAUCAUCGUACCCCGAGUCAGUUGAGAAGUGAUUUGGUGGUUCCUCCCGCGGUAGUUAACCAACCAUUCAUAAAUUUUUUAAAAGCUAACAACAUUGGAUAUUCUAAUGCUCCUCAGCAUCGUGUGGUGCGGUCUCAUGGCCAUACUGUGCACGAAAUAUGGAAAUUGCGUCAUGGUAAAUUUGAAAGAUUAGUCGACAUCGUAGCUUGGCCUAAGAACGAGUCGGAAAUUAUCAAAAUUGUCAGUGCUGCCAAUGAAUUUAACGUCGUAAUUAUCCCAAUAGGUGGUGGUACAUCUGUUUCUCAUGCACUAGAAUGUCCUAGUGAUGAAAGACGGUCGAUCUGUUCAGUUGAUCUCGCUCUUAUGGACAAGAUUUUGUGGGUCGAUGAAGCAAAUCUUUUGUGUAGAGCAGAGGCUGGAAUCAUUGGUUUAAAACUAGAAAAAGAAUUGAACGCUAAAGGUUUUACAUGUGGACACGAACCCGAUUCUAUAGAAUUGAGCACUUUGGGUGGCUGGAUUUCUACUCGUGCAUCAGGGAUGAAAAAAAAUAAAUAUGGUAAUAUAGAAGAUUUAUUGGUACAUGUCAGCAUGGUUUCGUCGAAAGGUGUUGUAAGAAAAUAUUGCCAGGUUCCACGGAUAUCAGGAGGUCCAGAUCUUCACCAAAUUAUUUUGGGUUCGGAAGGCAUUUUGGGUGUGAUCAGUGAAGCAACAGUCAAAAUAUUCCCAUUGCCUGAAGUCAAGAAGUUUGGCUCACUUGUUUUCCCUUCCUUCGAAAAUGGAGUUAAUUUUAUGCGAGAAGUGGCACGGCAACGUUGCCAACCAGCGUCACUACGUCUCGUUGAUAAUGAACAGUUCGUUAUGGGACAGUCACUAAAAAUUCAACGGAAUUUAUGGGAUACUCUAGCAAGUAAUUUAAGCAAAUUGUAUAUUACGAAAUGGAAAGGAUUCAAAAUGGUAGCUGCGACCAUAUGUUACGAAGGUAGCGGACAGGAAGUUGAACUUCAGGAACGAACACUAAAUUCUAUUGCAGAAGCAUUCAAAGGAGUUGCGGGUGGAGAAGAAAGUGGAAAGUAUGGAUAUAUGCUUACUUUUGCAAUUGCUUACUUAAGGGAUAUGGGUAUGGAGCUCAGUGUGUUAGGAGAGUCGUUUGAAACAUCUGUUCCUUGGAACAAGACCCUGCUGUUAUGCCGCAAUGUCAAAGAAUUAAUAAAGCGUGAAGCAAAAGCAAAUGGAGUAAGGUAUCCCGUUCUCUCAACAUGCAGGGUGACACAGGUUUACGAUAGCGGGGCUUGUGUAUACUUUUACUUUGGUUUUAAUUAUCGAGGAGUGAAAGAUCCUCUAGAAGUUUACGACAAGAUUGAGGCGGCCGCUAGGGAUGAAAUAAUCGCUUGUGGAGGAUGCAUAUCUCAUCAUCACGGGGUAGGUAAGUUGCGGAGGCCAUGGAUGGCAGUAACAGUUGGUGAAGCUGGCAUUUCUGUUAUAAAAGCAAUAAAAGAAGAACUAGAUCCUAAGAAUAUUUUUGCGUGUGGUAAUCUUAUUGACAUGAAGAAGAGUAAAUUGUAA